AUGUGUGGGAAAGAAAGGGUAUGGAUUCCAAAUGAAGAAAAAGGUUGGAUUGAAGGUGAUAUAGUUAAAGAAACUCAAGAGGGAAUUUUAAUUAAAGGAGACGAUGAUAAGGAAGUUAUUAUACCCAAAGAUGAAUUAAGAAUGCAAAAUCCCUCUAUUCAAGAGGGUAUCGACGAUAUGACAGGAUUAUCACAUUUACAUGAAGCAGCAGUUAUACAUAAUUUAAUAAAAAGAUAUGAAAUUAAUUCAAUUUAUACAUAUACUGGAUCUAUCUUAAUUGCAAUUAACCCAUAUACUAAAUUACCAAUAUAUACUAAAGAAAUGAUUGAAAGUUUCUGUGAUCAACCUGUGGCUAAAUUGCAACCCCAUGUUUAUUCAAUUGCCGAGGGUGCAUAUAGAGAAAUGUUAAAUUUUCAAAAGAAUCAAUCAAUUUUAGUAUCUGGGGAGUCAGGUGCAGGUAAAACCGAAACAACUAAAUUUUUAUUACAAUAUUUUGCUGCUAUGGGUGAAAAAGGAAACGGAGUCAAUACUUCAAUGGUAUCAGAAGAGGAUAUAGAGGAGGGAAACUCCAUAGAGACUCAGGUUAUUAAAUCAACUCCAAUUCUUGAGGCAUUCGGUAAUGCCAAAACUUUAAGAAAUGACAAUAGUAGUCGUUUUGGUAAAUUUAUAGAAAUCCAUUUUGAUAAAUUAAAAGGUACUAUUGUUGGUGCAAAAUUAGAAACUUAUUUAUUAGAAAAAUCAAGAAUUGUAAAACCCCAAGAGAAUGAACGUUCAUAUCAUAUUUUUUAUCAAAUGUUGGCAGGUUUAUCCGAUGAGCAAAAAGAGAUGUUAAAGAUUACAUCAAAUCCAGAGGAUUUUUAUUAUUUAAAAGAAAGUGGUUGUCAUUCAAUUGAAAGUGUAGAUGAUGGAGAUGUAUUUAUAAAAACAGAAAAGGCAUUAAAAGUAGUUGGUUUCAACGAUGAAGAGUUAAUGGGUGUAUGGAAGGUUUUAUCAGCAAUACUUCACAUUUCAAAUAUCGAGUUUAACCCAGGUAAAGAAGAGGAUAGUUCAGAAUUAAUAGAGUCACCCUCAAAUAAGAAUCAAUUCGGAGAUAAUUACAAACCAUUGGAUGUAGCAUGUGAAUUAUUAGGUUGUUCACCUGAUGCUUUAAAACCAACAUUUACCAAAAGAACAAUGAAGGCCGGUAAUGAAUCAUGCAUUUUAAAUUUAACAGUUGACCAAGCUUGCCAAGCAAGAGAUUCUCUUGCAAUGUUCUUAUACUCUCGUUUAUUUGAUUGGAUUGUUUAUAGAAUAAAUCAAUCUAUUGAUAAAACUACUAAAAAAGAUUAUUUAUUUAUUGGUAUAUUAGAUAUUUAUGGAUUUGAAUCUUUCGAAAAUAAUUCAUUCGAACAAUUUACCAUUAAUUAUGCAAAUGAAAAACUACAAAAUCAAUUCAAUCAUCAAAUAUUUAAAUUAGAGCAAAAGGAAUAUGAAAAAGAAAAAAUAGAUUGGUCAUAUAUAGAGUUUCAAGAUAAUCAAGAAUGUAUAGAUUUAAUAGAGAAAAAGCCAUUGGGUAUUUUAAGUAUUUUAGACGAAGAAAGUCAGUUCCCUAAAUCAACACCGGAUACAUUAUGCACAAAGUUAUAUCAAAAUCAUGGAAAGACUAAAAAUUUUGAAAAACCAAGAUUUUCGAAUACUCAUUUUAUUAUAGAUCAUUAUGCAGGAAAAGUCAGUUAUGAUACAAAUUUGUUUUUAGAAAAGAAUAAAGAUUUUAUUAUCAGCGAGCAAGUUUCAGCUUUGCAAUCAACCAAUAAAAUGGAUGGGGAUUCAAAAUCAAAAACUUCAACUGGUGUAAAAUCCUCAUCAACAUUUAAAUUUACAUCAGUUUCUUCACAAUUUAAAGAGUCAUUAAACUCCUUAAUGACCACAAUUAAUAGUACAAAUCCGCAUUAUAUAAGAUGUAUUAAACCCAAUACUGAAAAGAGUCCACAGCUUUUUGAUAAUUUAAUGGUUCUCCAUCAACUUCGUUGUAGUGGUGUCAUUGAACAACUCCGUAUUAGUAGAUCUGGGUACCCAAGUCUACUGACCGAUGAAAAGAAAGGUUCUGAACUUUUAAUGGAAAAAUUAAAAAUAGAUAAAAAUAAUGUUCAAUUUGGUGUUACAAAGUUAUUUUUCCGUUCAGGGGUUAUUGCAAAUCUCGAGUUAUUAAGAUCCCAAACCAUGAUAAAUAGUGCUAUAUUAAUUCAAAAGAUUUGGAGAGGUUUUGUUCAAAGAAGUUUAUACCAAAGUGUUUUACAGUCUACUAUAUUUUUCCAAUCAAUUAUACGUAUGUUUUAUGCCAAGCAAGAAUACGAAUCUCUUUUGGAGGAAGAUGCAGCAAUUCAUUUACAAUCUUUACUCCGUGCUUCUAUUUAUGAAAAGGAGUUCAGCGAAGUUAUCAACUCAACUGUUCAUAUCCAAUCUUUACUUCGUCGUUUACAAGAUGCAAAGGAAUUUGUAGAGCUCUGUACAAGAAUGAACAAUGUUAUUAAGAUUCAAUCUCGUUGGAGAGGUAGGGUAGCCAGAAAGCUUUUCCGUCAAAUGAAGAUAGAUGCUAAAUCAUUAAAUAAUGUUGUUGCUGAAAAAGAGAAAUUGGUUUCACGUCUGGAUGAUAUUCAAAGUAAACUAAACUCAGAAUCUAAUAUGGCUAAGCAAAUCAAAGAGGAAAAAGAAAAACUAGAAAAUGAAAUGGGAUCCAUUCAAAUAGAAAAGGAAAAACUUGUAUCUGACUAUGGUAACAUUCAAAUGGAAAAAGAAGAGCUUCUAUUAAAAUUAAAAAAUCUAGAAAAAGAGUAUCAAGAAUAUAAGAAGAAGACCGAAAUUCUUAUUGAACAGCUCAAAAACCAGGUCAUAUCCCUUGAACAAAUGGCCGAAAAUAGUGGUUCUGCAACAACUCAUAGCUUUGGUGAAAAUAGUUCAUUUACUAGCCCACCUAUUAGUCUAAAUGAAUCUGGUAUAAGUCAAGUUUCAUCCGCAGUAGACAGUUCAAUUGAAGAAGAGAAUAGUAUGAACAGUAGCAUAAUUUUAUCACCUAAGCAACAUAAAGGUGAACGUCGUAGAGAUUUUGGGGAUAAAUCGCCACCAUUAAUAUCAUCACAAGAAAUCCCAUCAUCUCAAAGAAAAGAAGAUAUGGUACCAAAGAAAGAUUUUAUUAAUUUAGAAAAAGAAUAUUCUAUAUUAAAAGAAAAAGAUGAAACCCAUCAAAAAUACAUUGAUUCAUUAAAAAAUCAAAUUACCCAACUAGAAGAUAAAUUAAAAAAACAAACAACACACCCACGUUCAUUGCUUCCAGGUAUUCCAUCAAAUAUAAACGAAAGUCCAAAACCAACAAAAUUGUCUUUGAAGCAACAACAAGAUUUAAAUAAUUAUAAUACUGCUGUAAUGAAUGUGACUUCUCCAAUUCAAGUUUCACCAGUUGCCACUAAUGUUGCUACUACAACUAUUUCCCCACUCAGUAAAGAUAAUGUUAAGUCCUUAUCUUAUAAAGAUUUUACCAAUAGUCAAGAAAUCGCAGCAGCAGCAGCCGCCGCUGCUCUUAAUAGCCAAAAUAAUAAUCUUCAAAUAUCCCCAACUAAUAGUGAUGCAAGUGAAUCUAAUAAAUCAAAGGUAGCAAGUACCAUAUCGGACUUGGUUUCAGCUCUAAACUUCAAUAAUUGCCAAUUGGAAUCAGGAAAGUUUUUAAUAGAUUUGAUGAUGAAAGCAGAUCAUCAAGUUCCAACAUACGUUCCUUCAGAAAUGGGUGGUAUUCCAGAACCUGCAUUUAUAGUAUCUCGUUGUUUCUUAAAGAAUAUUUAUAAUCCCGAUUUAGAAAAUAGAAGUCAAGAAUUAAUAGAAAUGAAUGUAAAUAUUAUAAUAUAUUUUUGUGAUAAAGUAGAGGAAAUCAUAUACCGUGACCCAAAAUCAAACUGUAGCUCUCUUUGUUAUUGGUUUUCAAACUUUUAUGUCCUCUUUAAUAUAAUGGAGGCUUAUAGUGAUGAAUCAAUGGAUAAAAUUGUAUUAUCUGAUCAAGAAAAAGUUUACAUAGACAAAUUAAAGACAACUCUUCAAACAAUGAUUGUUAAAGCCCAUAAAAAUGUUGUCAAAAACAUCACAGAUUAUAUCCAACCAAUUUUACAUAAAUCAUUAAAUGAUACAUCAUCAGAAAUUGAUUUUAUGGACCCAAUUACAAAUUAUUUAAACCAAAUUCAAAUUUCAUUAUCUUUAGAAACAUGUGAAUUAAACAACAAUAUAUGCAAGUUAUUAUUUGAACAAUUAUUUGUAUAUAUCAAUGCUAUGAUUUUUAAUGAAAUUUUAUUAAGAAAAGAUUUAUGUUGCCUAAGAAGUAGUAUUCCAAUAAAGAUGAACAUAUCAGAAUUAGAACAUUGGGUUAAAACACAUCAAGGAAAAGAAUGGUCAGUUAGUGUAUGUGAUAAAUUGAAGUUAUUAAAAGAAGUCGUUUACAUUUUAAUGAUCGAUAAAACUCAACUUCAAAAUGAAGAGUUAAGAAAAGAAAUUUGCCCAACCCUUUCCAUUGCCCAAUUAAAACAAUUACUUACAAUGUAUUCACCAGAUGUCGAUAGUUUUGAGGAUCCAAUUCCUUUAGAAAUCUUGACCACCCUUAUGGAUUGCCCAGAUUACAACCCAUCAGAAAAUAUACUUUUGGAUCUUUCAAAGAUUUUCACACUCAAAUUUAUCAACUCUCACCAAUUAGCUUCAUCAACAUCCUCAUUAACUGAUCUAAUGACCUCAAUCAAUUUAAGUCACUUAGAAAAUGUUCAAUAUAUUUGCGAUGAUUUGGUCAGUAAUAUUGUAAAGAAAAAUAUAGAAAUUGCUUCAAAUAUACAAAAAAUAAAAAAAUAAAAAAUUUGCAAUAAAUAUUAAAUAAACUUUUUUUAACU